UUCAUUCAAGAUCAUUUUAGGACACUUUCUUGGUGAGGUUAUUUUCAUGGCUGCCUCCUCCUCGUCAUUUGCUUCUUCAAAAGAGACAACCAAUUAUGCCAGGCUUUGCCGUCUCCUGGCAGGUAUUGGAUCUCAGGUACUGCGAUCCACUUUUGACAAAAUACAUCCACCGGCGAAUCUACAAAAAGUUUUGGGAAGUAAAUCUGUGCACUACCCUACAUUGCAAACACUGUACAGAGGGAAGAAGAAAGUGCUGAAUCCCACUCAAUGGGGGAAGCUUUACCCUGCCCAUUCGCCCGUGUCAUCCGCAGCCUUUGACAUCACACUCCUGACAGUGCUACUUAGAAAUAUCUGUGGUUUGAGUCCUCCUGCCACUGGUUGGGAUAAUCUUCCCUCACCUGCAAGCACAAGCAUCGCUGAUGACAUCGCCAGGGUGAAGUAUUACAGGAACACUGUAUACGGCCAUGCUUCUCAAGCCUUUGUGGAUGAUAGUAGUUUCAGUGCUUAUUGGCAGGAAAUACGAGAAGCUUUGGUGAGACUGGGAGGAGCUCAAUUUCGAGUUGAUAUCGACAAUCUUGAGCACGACUGCAUGGAUCCGGAUAUCGAGGAACAUUAUCGCGAACUGAUGAAGCAAUGGAAGAAAGACGACGAUAGCAUCAAGAACAAACUCGAAGAGAUUGAAGAGAGCUUAAAACAGUCACUACAGGAAUUCAGUAAAUUAAUGGACACCAAACUUACCAGGAUGGAGAUUGAAAUGAAGGAGUUGAAUGAAAAGCUGGGUAACCAGGCAGUCUCAGCUGAGGGUUGCAAGGAUGAAGGUGCUUUUGAUCCAACUGAGCUAAUCGAUGGAAUUCGCCAGCUGUACGAGAGUCGCGAGGGAUGGCUUUCACCAUUUCCAUGGUGUGAAGAGUUUCAGUAUUUUGUCGGUGAUAUUUUUACAAGGCUCACAGUGGUCAGAAGAAAGAAAACGAGAGGAGAAGUCACUGACAAGAUCAUUACCAUGUCGUCUCUCUUGGAUCCACAUGAAGAAUGUUCAGAACCGAAAACAGUGCUAAUUGAAGGAAAACCUGGAAUAGGGAAAACUACCUACUGUAAAAAGUACGUUUAUGACUGGGCUACAAAAAAGCAGAACACCCAUGAUUGUGUCACAGACAUAAAAGUAGUGUUGUUCCUUAAAUGUCGUGAUAUCAAGUCCGAUAUUUGGGAAGCCAUUGAUGAUCAGCUUCUUCCCCGAGAUAUCGACGAAAACGUCAAAAAGCAAUUCUUCCAAUUUAUUCGUGCCAACCAAUCCAGCAUUUUAUUAAUAUUAGAUGGACUGGAUGAGUUACCUUCCAGUAAAGUGCCAAUGGUUUCAGAAAUAAUUGCCGGAAGAGUGCUUCAGAAUUGUAAGGUGGUGGCAACAGCACGACACGAAGCUGGAGUAAAGGUAAGAAAAUUCUGUGACACCCUGCUUCAGGUCGAAGGUUUUACUGAAGCACAAGCCAGAGAAUUUAUCGCCAAAUACUUCAAGGAAAAGUCAGAGUUAGCUGAAAAGCUCUCGGCACGAAUAUCACGCGAUGAAAACCUAAGAGAAAUGUGUGCCAAUCCAUUGAACACGGCCCUGCUUUGCGUUAUGUGCGAAGAAUUCGAUGGUACCCUUCCGGAAAAGAGAACUACGCUGUUCUUGAAUAUGAUUGAAUGUGUCUUAAGAAGAUAUAGGAAAAAGACAGAACUACCAGAUACGAAAGAAGAUCUUACAAACCUUUACAAACCGCAGUUGAAAACCCUUGGAUUUAUAGCGUUAAAUGGUUUAAAACAAGACAAGUUGGAUUUUGAAGAGAAUGAAUUAGGAAAGCAUGCCAGCGACUUGGCUGCCUUCGGAUUUCUGUCAGUUCAUCCCGGAGGAAGUAAACUGAGGCGGCGUCUGCGUUAUGCAUUUCUACACAAAACCUUUCAAGAAUGCUUCGCAGCAUUCUAUCUCUGUUGUGAGAUUCAAGAUAAACGAACUACCCCUAAGGAGUUAGUUUCAGAUGACCAAUAUUUCCUUACCACACAGGUGCUAUUGUUCUCGUGCGGCAUUUUAGCAGAACAGUCCGAUCAAGAAGCUGAAGCUCUUGUCUCCAGUUUAGGAAAGCGGGUUAACAAUCCCGCCAGCAAAAACUAUCGGAGUGUCAAAUUUCUGUUGGAGGCCAUCAACGAAUGUAAAAGAAAGCAAGAUGAUUUUCACCUACGGCUAGCAAGAUGUUUUGGUAGCGAUUUGAACCAAACAGAUCUUUAUGUCGAAUAUCAGUUCCUAAGUGAAGGACUGGCGAUAAUCCUUUCCGAGGUAAUCAGAGCCAACGCGACCCUAAUUACUUUGGGCUUGUGUUUUGGAUGUAUGAGUGAUUCCGGUGCUACAUCUAUUGCGGAGGCAAUCAAAGUCAACAAGACUUUGACCUCUUUGGAUUUGUCUAACAAUCGUAUUAGUGAUGCCGGUGCUACAUCUAUUGCUGAGGCAAUCAAAGUCAACAAGAGUCUCACCGAUUUGAAAUUGUUUGGCAAUGGUAUCAGUGAUGCCGGUGCUAAGUCCAUUGCAGAGGUAAUCAAAGUCAGCGAGACUUUCACCUGCUUGGAUUUGUCUAACAAUCGUAUUAGUGAUGCCGGUGCAACAUCUAUUGCUAAGGCAAUCGAAGUCAACAAGGCUCUCACUCAUUUAAAAUUGUCUGGCAAUGGUAUUAGUAAUGCCGGUGCUGAGUCUAUUGCUUUUGCAAUCGAAAUCAACAAGACUCUCACCCAUUUGGAUUUAUCCUUUAAUGGUAUUAGGGAUGCCGGUGCUAGAUCUCUUGCUGAGGCAGUCAAAGUCAAUCAGACUCUGACCUCUUUGAAUUUGUCUAAGAAUCGUAGCAGUGAUGCCGGUACUUCAUCUAUUGCUGAGGCAAUCAAAGUCAACAAGACUCUAACCAAUUUGAAUUUGUCUCGCAAUGGUAUUAGUGAUGUUGGUGCUCGUUCUAUUGCGGAGGCAAUCAAAAUCAACAAGACUCUGACCUAUUUGAAUUUGUCUUUUAACAGUAUUAGUGAUGCUGGUGCUACAUCUGUUAGAGAGGCAAGUAAAGUUAGCAAGACUCCCACCAGUGUGUCUCGCAAGAUCUGGCGCAGGGUGCUUUGCGAUUCUGGCUCACGAGCUAUUAGUAUGGCGUUGAAAGGAUGUUUAAAUGUAACUACCUUAAAUCUCCAUGACAACGGCAUCGGCGACAAAGGAAUGACAUACAUUGCAAGAAUGUUGAAGAGGAACCCUUUUAUCAGCAAAGUCGAUUUGUCGGGAAACCACAUCGGCCAGCAAGCUGCAGACGAACUCGGAGACUCUUUAAGGUUAGAUGCACCAUUGACCUACUUGAAUUUAUCAUACAACGACAUCGGUGAUAAAGGAGCCACCUUUCUGGGUUCAGCCAUCAAAGUCAACGCGGUUCUUGAUAUGUUAGACGUCAGUUGGAAUAGCAUUCGUGUUCAAGGGGCUCGAGCAUUGGCCGAGGGUUUGAAAAGUAAUAAUCGCCUUAGGGAGGUAAACAUUGCUUGGAAUGGUCUUCUAGACGACGGCGUUACUGCUAUUCAAGAGGCACUGUCGUGUAACCAGACACUCAAAGUCCUGGAUAUUGGAAGUAACUGCAUCGCUAAGAACGGUGUUGCGGCCAUAGCCAAAUUCUUAAGGACAAACAAAAGCUUGGAGGUUCUAAAAGCUGGACGAAAUCCUUUCCAAAGUUACGGCGCACGCGUCCUGUUGAUGGCCAUUCAAAAGAACACAUCCAGCGCCUUAAAAGAGCUUCAACUCGAUGAUAUCGUGUUUGAUAAGGAGUGUGCACGUGAACUCGAAGCUCUCCUUGAGAGAAGGCCAUUGUUCACCUGUUCCUGGGAUAUCAGUAUAACAGGAGAACGACUCUCAGAUCAAACCAAGCGACCUGAGAUCCUGGACGUAUACUUGGCCUUCAUUCGCACGAAAGGGCUUCGUUUGAUCGACCUGUUCAAAAUUUUGUCGAAAGACCGCGAUGGUCUCAAGCUCAGUAAAGAGGACUUCGUGGUAGGAAUGAAAAAAUUAAACGCACCAAUGCAUGACGUUCACAUAAGAGAGCUCUUCGAUAAAAUGGACAACAACGGCAAUGGAGUGAUCGUCUUUCAGGAGUUUGUCCUUUGGACGCGGGAACGAUAUCAACCUCAAGGGGCGACAGCUCAAGAGGAAAGCGGUCGCCGUUUAACCAUGAAGAAGGCAGCAAUACCCUGA